CUGUCUGUUCUCGGCUCUAGAUCAACAAGCAGCACCGAGCGUGACGACAGCGGCGGAAAUAUUUUUCCCUAUUCAAAAUGGCACCGUCUCAAUCAGGAAGUAGAGAAAACAACUACGAAGAAUAAGUUGGAUAAAUAUCCCCAUUCGCGUGACUUUGGCGCGGGCAGACGCUCAGAAUCGCUCGGUGUGUGUGCGGGUUGGACUGAGGGUAAAUAACACAUUCACGAUCAUGGAGAGCCCCUGUCCCUGUUAGGGGUAUCACUUCAUACACAGCCAGAACGUGGGCAGCAGGAGGAGGGUGCAUCAUCUAGUUCUGCUUGUAGUCAUGUGUGAAGCUGCGAUCUGAUGCCCACCCUUACCUCAGCUCUGGCCAUGGACGGGGAGAACUACCUGCAUCCAGAAGGCCCUCAGCUGGACAGCAGCUUGUUCUCAAACAUGGGUUCCUCAAACAUGGAGAGUUCCAUAUAUGUCCCCUCUGGCACCUGGGGGUCCUUCCCUCAGCAGCCUGGCUACAGCAUACGCUGCCCUAUGCAAUCUGGAAACCAGCAAUACCACUUGAACAGCAGCACUACCACCAACGUCACAGAAAUGCAUUCGGACAUGUACUCGGGAUUCUCUGACAUGGACUUUUCCGGCCUCAACCUCCCAAGGAAUGUGGAUCUCUCCCAGGACUUGUCCUGCAUCGAUGACCUCUCAAACUCUCUGUUCUCUUCUCCGGCUGACUCGCUGUCAGAGUAUGAUGUUUCCCAGCCCUUUGUCAGCGGAGACAACCUGGACCCAGUGCCCACACUGUGGGACAUCAACACUGGUGGCACCACUACACCAGCACAGAGCCAUGUAGAGCAGAAUGGCACCGGCAGGUUUCAAGGCUUGGCCAGUUUGGAUGAUAUAACUGCUAUUAUCAGCACUCCACCUUUAGGAGGAUUCCAGGCUCAGGUAACGCAGCCACCACCGCCGGAGGAGGAAGAGGAUGCUGAGGAGGAGGAAGCAGAAGAGCUGGGACACGUUGACACAUAUGCUGAGUACAAACCUUCCAAAUCCACUAUAGGAAUUUCUCAUCCUGACAUAGUGGUGGAGACCAACACUCUGUCCAGUGUACCACCUCCAGAUGUCACGUACACUCUAUCUAUCCCAGAGACAACCAUCAGCAGUGGUCUGCUGUCUGCACUGCAGCUAGAAGCUAUCAUCUACGCCUGCCAGCAACAUGAGGUGAUCCUUCAGAACAAGCAGAGAGCAGGCUUCCUGAUUGGAGAUGGGGCGGGCGUCGGGAAGGGGCGCACCGUGGCUGGCAUCAUCCUGGAGAACUACCUUAAGGGCAGAAAGAAAUCACUGUGGUUCAGCAUAUCCAAUGACCUGAAAUUUGACGCAGAGAGAGAUCUCAAAGACAUAGAUGCUCCCAAUAUUCCUGUGCAUGCCUUAAAUAAGAUAAAGUACGGAGACACAGCUACCUCAGAAGGAGUCCUGUUUGCAACUUACUCUGCGCUGAUUGGAGAGAGCCAGGCAGGAGGGCAGCAUCGGACCAGAAUUAAACAGAUCCUGGACUGGUGCAAGCCAGAAUUUGAUGGAGUUAUUAUUUUUGAUGAAUGCCACAAAGCCAAGAACGCCACAUCCACCAAGAUGGGCAAAGCAGUGCUUGACCUUCAGAGCAAGCUGCCGCUGGCCAGAGUGGUGUACGCCAGCGCCACAGGCGCCUCUGAGCCAAAGAACAUGAUUUAUAUGAGCCGCCUGGGAAUAUGGGGUGAGGGCACACCAUUCAGAGCCUUUGACGACUUCCUGCACGCCAUCGAGAAAAGAGGGGUCGGGGCCAUGGAGAUCGUAGCCAUGGACAUGAAAGUGAGCGGCAUGUAUAUUGCCAGACAGCUGAGCUUCUCUGGAGUGUCUUUCCGCGUCGAGGAGAUCGGUCUGGACAGUGACUUCAAAGAGGUCUAUAACAAAGCUGCCAGACUGUGGGCGGAGGCGCUGCAAGUGUUCAUGCAUGCGGCUGACGAGCUCGGUCUGGUCAGCAGGAAGUCUCUGUGGGGGCAGUUCUGGUCGUCUCACCAGCGCUUCUUCAAAUAUCUUUGUAUCGCUGCCAAGGUGCGCUCCCUGGUGGAGCUGGCCCAAAAAGAGCUGGAGGCUGGCAAGUGCAUCGUCAUCGGGCUGCAGUCCACUGGAGAAUCACGCACCAGAGAAGUCCUGGAUGAGAACGACGGGCACCUUGACAGAUUUGUUUCUGCAGCAGAGGGAGUGUUCCAGUCUCUUGUAACAAAGCAUUUUCCUUCAGAAAAGCAAAGGAGAGAAAAAGCACCAGGGAAUAAGAGAAAACGGAAGCCUAAAGGCCGGCAGCCCAAGAUACCCAAGCACACAGUGGACAGCGGCGGUGUGAUCAACAUCUCCGACGACAGCAGCAGCGACUCGGACGGCAUGGACACAGACUCCAACUCCUCACCAGACUCCCUGCAAGACAACGAUGACGUCAUCUUUGUACACCACACUAGCCUCCAGUCAGCCAGAAUAGAAGAGAUGAAGCAGGGUCUCCUCAACAAAAUAUCUGUGCUGGGGAAAGAACUACCUCUCAAUACAUUAGAUGUGCUCAUCGAUAAGUUUGGAGGACCAGAUAAAGUCGCUGAGAUGACUGGUCGGAAGGGUCGUGUGGUUCGACGUCCAGACGGCAGCGUUCGUUAUGAGUCGCGGGCCGAACAAGGGUCCACAAUCGAUCAGAUUAACCUCAAGGAGAAGGACCGCUUCAUGACCGGAGAGAAGUCGGUGGCCAUCAUCUCAGAGGCAGCCAGCUCUGGGAUUUCCCUGCAGGCAGACAGACGAGUGAAGAACCAGAAGCGAAGGGUCCAUAUGACCCUGGAGCUGCCGUGGAGCGCGGACCGGGCCAUCCAGCAGUUUGGUCGCACCCAUCGGUCCAAUCAAGUCAAUGCUCCGGAGUACAUCUUCCUCAUCUCGGAGUUGGCUGGAGAGAGACGUUUUGCCUCCAUUGUGGCCAAAAGACUGGAGAGUCUGGGUGCGCUGACCCACGGAGACAGAAGAGCCACUGAAUCAAGAGACCUGAGCAAAUAUAAUUUUGAGAACAAGUAUGGAACCAAGGCUCUAGAUAAGGUUACCAAAUCGAUUCUCGGCCACAUAGAGAACAAGGUUCCCCCUCCCAAAGGAUACCCUGGGGGCAACGCCAGGUUCUUCCAAGAGAUGAAAAUAGGAAUGAUGCACGUAGGCAUCAUCUGUAAGGAGCCUCGCUUUGGGAUCAGCACGGAGAAAGACUGCAGCAUCACCAAGUUCCUGAACCGCAUCCUGGGCCUGGAGGUCCACAAGCAGAACCAUCUCUUCCAGUACUUCACAGACAACUUUGACUACCUGAUUGAGAAGGACAAGAAGGAGGGCAAAUAUGACAUGGGAAUCUUAGAUCUUGCUCCCGGAAACGAUGAGAUUUAUGAGGAAAAGCAGGAAAAUUUCUUGACGGCUGGAAAUCCUCAAGAUGGGCAGGUUGUUCUUUAUAAGAUCAGCGUGGACCGAGGCAUGCCCUGGGAAGAGGCACACGCCAAGUUCCUGAAGCUCAGUGCCCCUGAUGAGGGCUUCUACCUCUCCUAUAAGUUGCGAGGUAACAGUCCGUGUGUCCUGCUGGCCGAGCAGGGCCGAGGUAAGAACUUCCUCGUCUACAAGCCCAACAUUGGAAAGCAGACACAGCCAGAGAGCCUCAACAACCUGCUGCAGCGGUACCACAAGGUCACUCCUGAGGAAGCGAAGGACAGCUGGGAGAACCAGUUCACCUUCUCCCUAAAGAAUUGUAGUCACGCCAACUGGAACGGGAAGUGUAAGAAAAUCGAAGAGGGCCAAGAGUGUCUGCAGGGGAUGCGCCUCCGCCAGUACCACAUGCUGUGUGGAGCUUUGCUACGGGUGUGGAAGCGGGUGUCUGACGUGGUGUCAGAAAUCACCAGCUCCAGCAUCCUGCAGAUUGUCCGCCUCAAAACUAAACAGCGCAACAAGCAAGUCGGCAUCAAGAUCCCAGAGAACUGCGUGGCUCAGGUGCGCAACGUGCUGCUCCAAAUGGACGAGGAGGUGAAGAAGCGGCGAAAGGAGAAGGAGCGCAUGCAAAAGCUGCAGGAGCAGGAGAGCAAACUGAUGCAAAGUCUGAUCAGUCAGAACCCUGUGCUGAACCAGUCCCUUCAGACUCCGAGCCAACUCUUCAAACAGAGCAUCACCCAAAACGCGCUGCAGAGGACACAGAACCUUUCCCAGCUACCGGAAAUGCAAUCGGCUUUGCAGAAACACGGUUUGCAUCUGUUGCCUUUCCAUAGAAACCCGAGCCAAACCCACAACGGCUGGCCAAACACCUCCCUCAGCGCCUCUCAGGUCGCUCUGCCCAACACACUUAACCCCAGUUUCUCUUCGUUUCUCCAGCCCUUCAUACAAUCGUUCCCACAGAAGAGCCCCGCUCUCCCACUCCAUCAGACCACACCGUCUCUUAACUUGUCUUCCAAGAAUCCACUGGAUGAGAUCUUGGACCUGACUAUGAGUUCACCUUCGCCCUCUCCAGACAGCACGGACUGUGUGCCGGGCCUGGACAGCCUGUCAGACUUUAACCUGGAUGAUCUGAUCUCCGGGAGCAUCUCUGAUGCCCAGCACACUGCACAAACACAGCAGCCUCUAAUGCCUCAGCAGCAGCAGCUACAGGCCCCCCUUCAGCAGCCGCAGAACCACAGCAUGUUGACCGGUAACCACCACCAGGACCUACUGGAUCUCUUUGACAUGCCGCUGUCUCCCCUGGUCACCACGCAGAAAGUCAGCCCUUCAUCCUCGGCCUCCUCCGGCUCUUCCUCCACCUCUUCUUUGUCAAACAACAUGGUUUCUCUCUUCUCCAGCCCGUCCUCAUCCUCCUUGUUUCCCCCCCCUUGCUACCCCUCCACUUAUCUCCCCACCCAGUCAGAUGCAGUUUCGUUGCCCAACGGCCACUUUGGCUCGGGUGCUCUUGAUGUGCGUGCAGCUCUGAACAGCAUGCUGCAGGCCGGACAAGACCGCAAGUCUGUCAUUCAGUACCACCAACAAGACUGAGAGCUGAACCCCGUGGUCUGGAGUUUGUUCGGUGCGUUUUGUUUUCUGCAGUCUCCUCGGACCUACCCCCACCCCCCACCCCCCCCGGCCUUAAAGCUUGGUUUAUGCUCGACGCAUUCACUUUCUGCGCGGUGAUGCGGCUCGCGGAUGGAACGCGCUUCACAACUCACAGCGUUUAUGGUUCAUGCGGCUCGUCUCUGCGGUGAGCCAAUAUUCUCCCAAACUGUAGGGGGCAGCAUGGAGCUCUAUGGCAUGCAUCCAACACUACACCAUAGAAGUAGAAAUGACUGUUUACAACAUGGCAUUCUAGCAAUUUUAACAGCGUCCUCGUCUUUUCCGACAGGGCGAGCUAUUUCUCUCCAAGAAUUAUUAACAUGUUGAUCACGGCGAUCUCUGAGAGCUGAAUCAUACAAAUGUCUGUAUUUACGAACCUCUACCAUACUAGUUCUUGCCGCUCCACCAUGUUUUUCCGUGUCCGACCGUCCACGUGGUUAGAAAAUGUCCUAGGUGCGCGUUGCGGAAAUUUUGGGCCGUGCGGAGGCGCGGUGGAGGGGCGUGGUUGUUAAAAUGACGCAAUUUUGCCGCGCGGAGCCUUGCGGACCUCGCGGACGCGUCAAGCAUAAACCAACCUUUAGUCGAGUCACUGCCUGUUCUGUGCUGGGCUCACCCCCUCCCUCUGUCCACCCUCACUGACUUGUGGCUGUUCAGGUGAAAGCAGACUCAUUUAAGAUCUGAUUUCUGCACCAAAGUGUGCCCUCCACAGCAAAAGGCAGCUGUUAAAUAAGUUUGAAAAAAGAAGUGGAAGUAAAAAAAAAAAACAUGAUUUUUUUUUUUUUUUUUUUUUUUUUUUGUCUUUUAAACUUCCUGCUGCUGAUUUGUACGAGGUAGGAUUGCUGGAAGCUCCAAAUGCCUUUCACCAGUUAAGACUUUGCUUUACUGUUACUUCACUUUUCAUGGGUGUUUGUCUCGGCUCAACUUUUUAAAAAAGGAAAAUAAAAAGGUAUGCAAGGUUUGGAUUUAGUGGGGAAAAACGGUAGUUUACCUGGGGAAGAAAAGGAGAAAAUCUUUUAGCUGAUUAGCCAUAAAAUGCCUCCGUUUUCCUCGACACGUUCCCUCUGUUCUCCCCUGCUUAUAUGAACACUAGUGUGAGGAAAAAUGGAGAGGAAGACCAGUCUGCUGUUGCAAACAGUGCCUUCAGAGAAAACCUAGAAAUGCAGUCUUUAAAGUCCGUGUAGCCUAAUGUAAAGAUUUGUACUCGUGAGUUUUAUUUUUUAAUUUAAUACGGUAGAUUUGUAUUUAACCUCUAGGCCCCCCGGUGAGUCGGUGGUUUAUGUUACACGAUGCUGGUGACACCUCCUCUUGUCUGAUAAUGCUGGCGUAGCUGCUCGCAGGAUCGGGAGAAUAAACAAACGUAUUAAUCCUGUUGGUUGAGAUUACAGAAGAUCAGCGAGGAAAUGUUGGAAUAUUUGAGAGCAUUGAGGUAAUCGGGUGAGUGAUGUAAUCCAGUCCAAAGGUGGGAUUCAGAGUAUUUUCAUGUUGCCACGUCUCUGUGAAACACAUAACACUACGCUCACAGAGCAUCCUCUGUGUGUCCUCCUGAAUCCUGCAGGUUUGCCUUUGUUCUCUUUAGCCCAGUAUUUGUUAAAUAGUGGUACAUCACACAGUAGAGCAGCAUGGAUACCCACCCCCCAUUCCCCAAACCCCAUUUUUUAUCUCUGUUGGUCUGGAGUCCCUGGAGAAUAUCUCCCGUCUUUGUUCCUGUGCAUUUGUGUCAUUUUAUGGUCGUCAUGGUGAUCAAAAUGAGUUCUGGUUAUGGUUAGGUAUGAAAGUAAGUUCUGUGGGGGUUUCUUUGUUUUGUUUUACUAAAAAAAUGAGUCAGUGUCUUCAAUCAUGCAGGGUUCCAGUCGAGUUCAGCAGAUCUAAACCACCCGAGAGGCGCUGUGGUUUAAGUUGAUACUUCGGCUCUGCUCCUCUCUUCGAGUCGCAUCGAUGCUCUGUCGUUGGCUUGCGGCGAAAUGCCGGCGGUCCCACUAACCCAAAAGCAAUAAAACCAUCUAAUGGAGUAGUUUUAAAACGAAACAAAAAGAAAUCCUCUUGUUUACGCUCAACAGGCAAAGCUUUGUGGUUAUCUCUGCACGGUAUGAAUCCUCUUAUUUCUGCCCUGCGUCGUUCUGAGGUGUGUGUGUGUUUGUAAAGUACAUUUUGACCGAAUGGACGCAAUGCGUUCUCGAUGUUUUCGUCAUUUAUUGUGAUGGAAAAAUAAUGUUAUUUAUAUUUAAGGGAUAUUUAGAUUUUAGAUAUGUUAUCUCUCGUUAUAGUUCAUAAAACCUUUGGUCAGGGAACUUAUGUUAAAGAUUGCUAUAAAACAGAUUCUAUUAUAACCUGCCACCAAAUAAGAUUGCACUGUUCUGUACGGAUGUACGGCGUCUGGAUUUAUUCUGCUCUCUUCGGUUUAGCUUUUGUUUUUUUCUAGUUGCUCCAACGUUUUGUCAGGCCGCCAGUUUGCAGAAAUACCAAAGUUAUCCUCAGACACCCCUAAAGAAACUGGCUCGAAGAUAUGAGACCUUUUUAUCAUGCUCAGGAAGAACCCCACAAAUUUAAAUAAAAACCCCUAAUAGCAGUGAUGAAACUAAUUCAUGUCGUAUUUUGUUUUGUUUCUGUGCUGUGAUUCUUGCUGUAUUUAUAUUUUAGACUUAAUGUGAUGGGUUUGUUGUUCGUCCUUGUGAAAAUGUCAGUGAAUCUAAGUGUUUAUGCCAUCUUAGGGCAAAGAUCAAAGGCUGUGUUGUUAUUAUUAUUAUUCUGUGGACAGUUUUAUGUUUUAUUUGUCUUGCAGCUGUUGAAGCAUUUAAUCCACGGAAGCGCUGGCAGGUUUUUGAGUUGAUCCACACCUGUUUUGUAUUGUUAUAUGCAACUGAUACGUCCUGACCUUCAUCCUCUCCUUCAUUAUGGGAUUGAACUGACUCUCAGUCGGAAUCGUUUGCAGAAUCUCACGGCUGCUCGUCUCUUUCCCAUAUUCCUUAAAAGCCACAUUCCCAGACACAAGUCUACAAAGGUUUUCUUUUUUUUUUUUGUCACAACAUUAAAGCUUUAUGUGUUCGAGGGACAUGAACAGCAUUUUUAGGAAAACAGCCUUUUUUAUUUGAACGUGUCCAUUAUUUGCUUAGUUAGGUCUUGAUUCUAUCAUUUUGCACUAAGAACGGCGUAAUCCAGUUACUGUUCGUGUUGGUUAGGAUUGAGCAGUGCGAGCUUGUUCCUGUUCCUUAUGGAUCACUCUCUGUAAACUGUAACCUUGUUUCUCUGCCAUUUGCAUAUUAUAUAAAUGUUAUCACUCUCAAAUAAUUUAUUGUUAACAGAAAAUGAGACAAAAAACAUGCUACUGAUUGUAUGUAUUUUUAAACAAAGCCUAUUUUUUCUGUAAAAAAAAAAACAAAAAAGAAAAACUGUGUUCAGCACUUUUAUUCUGGGUUUUGCUUUUGUUUUCUAUAUAUAUUUAUAAUUUAGAUCUAAAUGUAUAUAUUGUAAAAUUGUGCCUUUUGACUAAUUCUUUUAAAAAAAGGUUUUCUACUCAUUUAAGGAAGGAAUAUAAGGAAUUGCAAUCUUAACUUUGUAAACAAAUAAAAACUUGAAGAUUGCUGAA